UGUUUAGAUUAGACACUCCUAAGCAACAAGAAUCGCAUUGAUUGAGUUGAUAUGGUUCAUAGUUUUGAAGCCUAUUUUGGUUCUUAUGAUGCGCAGCACUGGCAGAGAACUUUUGUUCUCCAGUAUUUAAGCUGGUCAAGUGAUGAGGUGACCUAUUUUGCAUCUGGCAAUAUUUGAGAGACGAGUGUUGCAAGGAACUUUAGAUUUUCAGCUACAGUUUACCAUCCUUGUCAAUUUUGCGAAGAGAAAGCUGAAGCCUAUAUAGAGUGUUGGUAAGGCGCGACCUAUGGGUUAAUGUAUCAGUUGUCCCAGGAACCCAUGUUGUUAGGGAGGAGAAUGCCUCUUCAAGUUAUUUAUUUGGCCCAAUGCCCAUCAGAGUUGAGUUUCUUGUUUCUAGCAGACAAGUCUGGUAUUUGUCAUCAUACGUUCCAAAUACUUUGUUAAUUAUCAUGAGAGGAAAGAAUUGACUGGAGUUGUGUACAAUUAUGAAAUCCUUUCUCUUUUGGAAAAGUCUAAUUUGUUCGUGAGAGCAUCCAAGAAAGGUUUCGAAAUGCGAGGAGUUUUUAGUUUGAAGAAAGAUGUUAAAAUAGGUGUUUAAGGUGGAUUAACCACCAUUUUCUUCGUGUUUAUCUUGACGUGUAAAGUUUUGGCAGAAAGAUGUUAAAAUAGGUGUUUAAGGUGGAUUUAACAAUUAUAUCUAGAAUAUUGUGAUAACAGGAGAAUUUGUAUGAAUGAAUAUCUUCAGACACACACCAGAGUCAGGGGUAUGUCUGGGAUUGUUGUUUUUCCCCUGGAUUUCUCAAGGUUUUGUGCUUUCUACUCCUGUAAGAUUGGAAUGCCGAGCGGGUCCAGCCCAGGUGCUGCAGAAAACAAGCUGUGCGCAAUGGACCUAGUCCUAUCAACAAAGGCAACUCAUGAGUAAUGGUAUGUUCAUGAGUUGGACUGGCACUGGUAGAAAUAAAAUAGCAUCAUAAUUGUGGACUGAGGAAGCUUCCGUACACAACUUGCAGUCUAGUUGCGGUCAAGAAGAGACUUGAUAAAAGAAAAAAACGUGAUAUUUGAAUAACUGAUAUGAAGAUGUCGUGAAAAUCAAAGUUGGUUGAUAUUUUUCCACACCAUAGUCGUACUUGGUAACAGAGGUGGGAGAAAAUUAGCAGAUAAGCUUGCUUGACAGUUCCUUCAGCAUAUUUUCUACACCAUCGAAUGAGUAGCAGCAGUUAAGUUUGAAGGUGGGUGUUUCCUUUGACGGGCAGUGACUAAACUAAAAUCAUCAAAAUUUUGUGUGGGAAGAUCCCAAUUAACUUGGUUUAGUACUGUUGUUAGGUCUGCUGUCCCAACAGUGAGAUACCACAGUUUUCAACGUUUCGUCAUCAUAAGCCUGUCCUCAAGCUCGAACUGGCCGCCUCCCUGUAUCUUAAUUUCUUGCAUUAAACCUUUGAAAUAUAGCAUCCUAACAAAAUAACAAUCCGUUCUUAUCAACUUCUUUACAAGUUAAUUAGCUAAUUCUCUAGUCUUCUCCUCUUAUAUAUAUGCAUAGAGAGAGACACACACACACACACCUGCUUGUAGAACCUGCCUUGCCUACGAAGUUUGCACUCUCUAGAUUAAUAUGAGUUCUCAAGCACAGACACGAACCAGGGCUCACCAACCAUGUGCUGCUUGUAGAAUGCUACGAAGGAGAUGCGACAGCAAUUGCAUGCUCGCCCCAUAUUUUCCAGGUGAUGAAGCUGAGAAAUUUUUUGGGGUUCAUAAGGUGUUUGGUGCCAGCAAUGUUAUCAGAAUGAUUCAGAUGGUGGACGAAUCAAAAAAAGAAGAUGCUGUUAAAGCAAUCAUCUAUGAAGCAACAUCAAGGCUCAGAGACCCUGUAUAUGGAAGUGCUGGAACAAUAUUCCACCUGCAAAGGAUGGUUGAAGAACUCAAGAUGCAGGUGGAGUCCAUGAGAGCUCAAGUAGUUCAGCUGCAAGAACAAAGAAACCAGUUGUUGGGCAUUCUGAUGAACGUCCGCCACCUUGAUUCCACCUCCUCGGUUCAUGACAGCAAGUUUGAUGGUGGCAAUUUCAUGUUGGAUGAAGAUUCAAUGGCUUAUGAUCCCAUGACAUUUUUCACAGAAAAUGACUGGACUUUCUGAUGGGAAAUAAAGAGUCCCAGUAAAGUAGUAUUAAACAUUUUCUUUCAUUCAGCUAGAUCUCAGGAAAAAUCUUUUAGCACUGUAUUAGGAGUAUUAAAUUAAGAAAAUGGGUUUUAAAAGUUAUGAUGAAAUUUAUGGGAGCAUAUACUGAGACUUGGUGUACACUAAGAAACAAGAACAUUGCUUGAAAAGAAAUUAAAGUGGGAAUUAAAAAACAAACCCCACCAGCCUAACUAAUGCUGCCAGUGCCUAACUAAUGCUGAUCUAUGUCCCAUCUGAAGAGAAUUGUAUUAAUUAACAAACAGCUCAGAGAAUUUUAAUGU